AUGCAUCUGGAACAUAUAAAAGAGGGAGAUGGAAACCUUGACAGAGGAUCUAUGGACGAUGAACGGCCACCUUUUGGAUUACAAGGGUUUGAAACGGAUGAACCUUCCUGGGAUUGGGGACUUGUCGCACGAACCGAGAACGGCCACCUUUUGGAUUACAAGGUUGUCAUCGUUGAGAAGUACAAGUUGUAUGAGAUGUUAAGUUGUCUUAUAUAUUCAUCUGAGACUGGCUUGUGGAGUCUCGAAACUUUACAUAUUCCUCACUCUUUCCUCAUGCGUUUUCCUCGAUAUCCGAUUAGCUUGAACGGUAAUCUUCACUGGUUUGGCCUGAGCACGGACCGUCAGAGAGUUCUAUUAUCCAUGGAUAUUUAUAGUACUACUAGCACGGGUUCUGUUCGAUGCCGUGUUACGCCUUUCCCUGACUUGGAGAAAAAUACCAAAUUCAUAAGAGUUUGCACACCUUGUCAAGGAUUUCUCAUGUAUAUGAACAUCGUUUCCGUAACCAAAGUGGAUGGAAGCCUAGACAAUAAGUUGUGUGUAUGGAGACUAAAGAGCGAGGGAUGGCAACUAAUGUCUGAAAUUUCCGCAGAUUUUAUCUUCACCGAUGAAUUCGACUAUUUACCAGUGACGAUAAACCCUUUUGAUGCUUAA